UUAGUGUAUACGAAUAUGUUGUCCGUCGAGAAAAACUAUUCAAGGCUCUUUAGACCUUGGGAUGUGAACGAUAGCGAAAGCAACGAAGUGAGAAUAGACGUGACUAGUGAUAAAACAAAUGAAGUUAAAACAAAGAAACAAAAAAUGGAUGAGAAAAGAGAAAAUCGUUUAAGAAAAAUAAGAGGCACCUUCAAAAAAAAUUAUAGCAAUUUACAACAAGACGCAACAGUAUCUACAACUGUUGAAGAUGAACCAAAGGUUAAAUCAGAGUACACUCCAACAGAAACCGUCAGUUCUGUUACUAAACUAAGCAUGUAUUGUGAUAGAUUACUUCAAGAACCUAAAGAUAAAACACAUAAUAGAUAUAAGAAAGAAACACAAGAGUCCACAGCUCCAGUAAGUCUCCCAAAUGUACCUAUACCACAAACAUAUAAUCAAAUGCCAGAAUACAUAACUACGGAUAUCGCUCACGCUUUAGGAGUUCCACCAACCGAUCCUUUACUCCUAGAAUCAUUAGCACAAGGAUACGCAAUGGAAUUAGAAUACGCUAGAAUAAUACAACAAGAAAACGAAGCUAAACUCCUUAACGCAAGAAAGCAACGACCUAAGAAAUAUAAAUGUCCACAUUGCCAAGUUGGAUUCUCAAAUAAUGGUCAGUUAAAAGGUCAUAUACGAAUCCAUACAGGAGAAAGACCAUACAAAUGUGAUGAGAAGAAUUGUGGUAAGUCUUUUACAAGGAAUGAAGAAUUAACAAGACAUAAAAGGAUACAUUCUGGAGUACGUCCAUAUCCUUGUCCAACUUGUGGAAAGAAAUUUGGUAGACGCGAUCAUUUGAAGAAACAUACACGAACGCAUUAUUUGCAAGCUGAAAGAAUGUUGCCAGUUUUUGUCCCACUAUCCGCUAUCCCCCAUAUGACUGGAUAUCCAUAUAUUUAUGGCUAUUGA